AUGGGCUCGGUCUCCAACCAACAGUUUGCAGGGGGCUGCGCCAAGGAGGGCGAGGAGGGGCCCCGGGGGGACUCUCCGCUCCCCGAAGAGGACAGCCAGCCGCUCCUCCGCGGCGCCGGCAUCUGCAAGUGGUUCAACGUGCGCAUGGGCUUCGGAUUCCUCUCCAUGACCAGCAAGGAAGGCGCCACCCUCGACGCCCCCGUCGACGUCUUCGUCCACCAGAGCAAGCUCCACAUGGAAGGCUUUCGCAGCCUGAAAGAAGGAGAGGCCGUUGAAUUCACCUUCAAGAAAUCUUCCAAAGGUCUAGAGUCCAUUCGAGUCACUGGCCCAGGAGGUGUGUUCUGCAUCGGCAGUGAGAGGAGACCGAAGGGGAAAAACCUCCAGAAGCGCAGGUCAAAAGGAGAUCGAUGUUACAACUGCGGUGGCCUGGAUCACCAUGCCAAAGAAUGCAAGCUCCCGCCUCAGCCAAAGAAAUGCCACUUUUGCCAAAGCAUUGCCCAUAUGGUGGCCAACUGCCCUGUCAAAACGCAGCAGUCGCCCAGUUCUCAGGGAAAGCCAGCCUACUUUCGGGAGGAGGAAGACAUGCACAGCUCACCUCUGCUUCCAGAAACCAGGGAAUGA